AUGGUUGAAUCUAUAGAAAUCCGACAUGAAGACAAGACCUUGCCAGGCGACUUUUACUCACCCACAAAGAGAAAUGCCGGCAUAGUCAUAUUCGUUCAUGGAUCAGGAUCAUCGAGAUUCAGUCCAAGAUUUGUGGCGGAAGUCUUGCGGUCUCGGGGAGUCGGUAUGUUUUUACUCGAUCUGCUGACACCUCAAGAAGAGGCCAUCGAUGAAAGUACCAGACAUCUCAGGUUUGAUAUUGAAAUGUUGUCGCAGAGAGUAGCUUCUGCUAUCGACUAUUUCGCUCAAGACAAUAGGACGCAAGGUCUUCCGAUUGGGCUAUUUGGGGCAUCUACCGGAGGCGGAGCUGCAUUACUUACAGCGUCUCUCCGUCCAAACCAAACGGCUACAGUUGUUUCCCGCGGCGGUCGUCCUGAUCUCGUUCCCGUACCGGUCCUCCAGUCGAUUAGCACACCGACCCUUUUCGUCGUGGGCAGCAAAGAUACAGUUGUGCUGGAAUUGAAUAAUCAGGCAUUGAAUGCACUGGGAAGCAAAGAAAAAAGGUUACAAAUGGUUGAGGGAGCAACGCAUUUAUUUGAAGAAAAGGGUACAGUAUAUGUUGGGUUGUUUAGGUUGGGUUGUUUAUGUUGGGUUGUUUAUGUUGGGUUGUUUAGGUUCGGUUGA